GCACUCCCAAUGUGUUGAACAUAUUAGCUGGGCAGGACUUGUUUCACAUUAUUUUAGUAGUGUAACUCAGUCAGAAAUUUACUCGCUCAGUCGCAUGCUUGGAUUUUCAUGGGCAGCUAGUAAACUUUUUGUGGUUAAAAACGAAGAUGUAUUACCUCCCUGUCACUUUGUUAGCAUUCUUGAGCAUAUUAUCUCAAGUGUUAGGAGGUAAAGUGUUAGUAUUUCCACUGGAUGGAAGUCACUGGGUGAAUAUGAAAGUCCUGAUUGAGGAAUUACAUUCACGAGGUCACAACGUGACGGUGCUUAGAGCCUCUAACAGCUGGUAUAUCAAGGAGGAAUCUCCCUUCUACACUUCUAUCAAUGUUUUUAAUAGCGGUGGCUUUGAAAAGGAGCUGCUUGAUGCAUUUACAAGACAUAUUCUGGUCAUCAGAAGAGAAAAAUGGUCCAUCUGGAGUAAAUUCACACUGGCUUUAGAGACUGGAACGAUAUUUGAAGAGAUGCAUUGCAAUCAACUUGCCUUAAUGGGGAAAAUAUUUGAAAAUAAAGACUUAAUGGAUUCACUUCAUACCGCAAAGUAUGACCUGCUUCUGACAGAUCCGGCUUUUGGAGGCGGAUUUUUCCUGGCUCAUCGUCUUGCCCUCCCUCUUGUGCUAAAUGUCCGUUGGACGAUGCAUGGAGAGGCACAUUACGAAAUAGCUCCUUCACCUCUGUCGUAUGUUCCUGUACCAGGAUUAGAGCUGACUGAUAAGAUGACGUUUGGUCAGCGUGUGCAGAACGUAAUGGGAUACAUGUUUUCGCUUUUUCACAAAACCAGGUAUAUCUCACACUACCAUUCCUUCUGCAAUAAAUACUUUGGAUCAGAAAUCAAUUACAAAUCCCUUCUUCGGGAUGCAGAUAUGUGGCUCAUGAGAAACGACUUCACGUUUGAGUUUCCACGACCCACAAUGCCAAAUAUCGUCUACAUGGGAGGCUUCCAGUGCAAACCAGCUAAGCCACUUCCAGAUGACCUUGAGGAGUUUGUACGGAGCUCAGGAGAGCAUGGACUCAUUGUCAUGUGCCUAGGGACUCUUUUUAGUCAUCUUCCACAAGACAUCACAGAGGAAAUUGCUGCCGCUUUUGCCAGACUGCCUCAAAAAAUUAUUUGGAGACACACUGGACCUCGACCUGUCAACAUUGGUGAUAAUACAUUACUCGUUGACUGGUUACCCCAGAAUGACCUGCUUGGACAUCCUCAAACUAAAGUGUUUAUAACACACGGAGGCACCAAUGGCAUCCAAGAGGCCAUCUAUCAUGGCGUUCCCAUUUUGGGUCUACCUUUAGUAUUUGAUCAAGGUGACAAUCUUUCAAGAAUGAAAGUUAGAGGCACAGCUAAACUCGUGGAUAUUGCGGAGUUGGACAGGACGAUGUUUCUAGAGGCAUUAAAGGAGGUUUUGUAUAACUCAUCUUACAGGGAGAACAUGCAGAGACUGUCCAGACUGCACCACGACCAGCCAAUGAAACCUCUUGAUCGUGCUGUCUUCUGGAUUGAGUUUGUCAUGAGGAAUAGAGGAGCCCCACAUUUGCGAACACAGUCUUUCAGGAUGUCCUGGAUUGAGUACCAUUCUGUAGAUGUUAUUUUGACUCUAACAGCAACACUUUUCAUAUUUGCAUUUUUGAUUAUAUAUGUGAUUCGAUAUCUUUUUAGAGUUUUGUUCAAAAAGAAAGUAAAGUGUGCAUGAGAUAUAAUUACUGUAUGAGUUCAUUGUGAAUAAAUAUUGUUGCUGGAUUUGUAAAACAACAUUUUAGUAAGAUUACAAUUUGAAUUCACAGCAAAUUCAGGCAUUUACUGAUUUUUUUGCACUGACUAUUUAGAGAUACUUUUAUUGUCAGUAGAAUCUUGAGCCUCAAUAGAGGUAAAUUUCAUAUCUGUGAUUAAUGCAAGAAAAAAGUAUUCCCUUGUAUUAUGAUGAAGUCUCUUUUUUUGUUCACAUGCAGAAAGUUUGACUUCAGUCAAACUAAUUUGUCUUUUAAAAUGUCAUGUAAAGGCUUUAAACAGACUCCAGUUGUGCCAGUCCGAUUUUUACAAAGCCACAAUAACAAUAAUGUUGUUUAGCUUUGUCCAGCAUUAAUCAGAUAACAAUUGGCCUCUGUAUUGUGCUUAUGCUCUGAAAGAAAGAGGUGACUUGCAAUGUGUAUUUGAUCAUUCAGAUCGAUUACGCGUUAGAUGACACAUACUUGGACAGACAGAUGAAGACUGUUGCUUGACUAUGAUAAAACCCACUGUAAUCAAUUAUAACUGUGCAUGUAAAUAUAGGCUACUUAUUAAAAGUAUGAAUGACUUCAGUUUAUGAAGCAAUAUAUAACUGAAUAACUGUCCAAUUGUACAGAUCUAACUGAAAUAUUAAAGACUGAAUGUUCAAUUCCA